AGGGCAGGGCAGGCAGGGCCGGCAGGGCUGCCCUGAGGCCGUGCCUGGGGGGAUAGGCAGAGGGAGCAGCGGGUUCUGCCCGGCUCGGGGCAGCUGCACCCGAGGAAGGAGGGGGGCUCCUGGCACAGGGUACGGUGGGGGGCCAGCCGAGACCGCAGCCACCCCAUCCCCGAGGGCCAGACGCUUUCCUGGACAGGAGCUGCCAGUGGGCCAGGGCCCAGGUUCACCCCGCUCGUCCUGGGGCAUUGCUCUGCUGCUGGCCGAGGGGCAGGUUCGUGGUCUCCGCGCCCGGCUGCUCCGUGUCCUAGGGGGGCAUUUAGGGAAAGUGCAGUCCCCGAGCUGCUGGGAGAAGGGGACCCCGGCAGGAGCUGGAGAGACGGGGCAGGAGCAGGUGGGUUGGGGCUGCCUUUGCAAAGACCAUCCCUCCCCACAGCCCCUGGCCUGCUCAGGAUGGCGGGCAGAAGCUUGGCGGCUGUGCUGGCAGUGCUGGGGGUGGCCAUCUUCCUCCUGGUCCUGACCCCAGUGAAGGAUGUUGCCCUUCCAACAAGGAACAAAUAUGGUCUGGUGUUCGACGCCGGCUCCACGCACACAGCCCUCUACAUCUACCAAUGGCCUGCGGACAAGGAGAAUGGCACCGGCAUCGUCUCCCAGGUGGAGGUCUGCUCCGUGUCCGGACCCGGCAUCUCCAGCUACGCAGACAACCCAGCUGGGGCUGGAGCCAGCCUGAAGCCCUGCCUGGACAAGGCCAUGAAGAUCGUCCCAGCAGAGCAGCAGCGGCAGACCCCCACCUACUUGGGGGCCACAGCAGGCAUGCGGCUGCUGAGGGAGCAGAACAGCACCAAGGCCGAGCAGGUCUUUGCCGAGGUGGCCAAGGCCAUUGGCGAGUACCCUGUGGACUUCCGCGGAGCUCGGAUCCUCACGGGAAAUGAGGAGGGCUCCUUUGGCUGGAUCACCGUCAACUACCUGCUGGAGACCCUCGUGAAGUGCUCCGUCACAGGUGAGCGGACCCACCCGCCAGCAGAGGACGUGGUCGGAGCUCUGGACCUUGGUGGGGCUUCAACCCAGAUCACGUUCCUUCCUGGGACCACCAUUGAUGACAGCACCACAAGAGCCCUCCUCAGGCUGUACGGGACCAACUACUCCAUUUACACCCACAGCUACCUCUGCUAUGGGCAAAAGCAAGCCCUGAAGAUGCUGAUGGCAUCCUUACACCAGGGCAGCCCGUCUCCCCAGCAGGUAUCGCACCCCUGCUACCCCAAGGGAUACCAGGAGACCAUCACCACCGCAGACCUCUAUGACAGUCCCUGUGUCCAUGCACCAAGCACACCCAGCCCUGCACAGAACAUCACGGUGACGGGGACGGGGGACCCAGCAGCGUGCAGCACCGCCGUCCAGAAACUCUUCAACUUCACCUGCGGGGCCAACAGGACGUGCGGGUUCAAUGGGGUUUAUCAGCCGCCCGUGCGGGGACAGUUCUUCGCCUUUUCGGGGCUUUAUCACAACCUUCACUUUCUGAACCUGACUGGAGGGCAGUCCCUGAGCUCAGCCAAUGCCACCAUCUGGCAAUUCUGCACCAGCAGCUGGGAGAAGGUGCAGAAGGACUUCCCCACCAUGAACAGAACCCACCUCCGUGAUGCCUGCGCAGCCAAUUCCUACACCCUCACCCUUCUCCUGCGGGGCUACAAAUUCAACCACAAGACAUGGCUCAACAUCCACUUUGUCCGGCAGGUCACCAAUGUAGACGUGGGUUGGACUCUGGGCUACAUGCUCAAUCUCACCAACAUGAUUCCCUCAGAGAGUCCCCAGAGAGUCGUAGGGCUCCAGAGAAGCAACUGGAUAGCAGCCACAGUUUUACUGGCCAUCAUGCUCAUCCUCAUCUUCUGCCUGCUCACAGUCAUAUGCUUCCAGAAAAAACACUCUGGCUAUGAGAAUCUCUAGCAGCACUGCCUCCAGAAGCUGCCGAAGCCACUUAGUCCUGCUGCCAUGCUUGUGCAAGGAGCUGCAGACCGGGGAAUCACUUCCAUGUGUCCAGGAGCUGUGAACUUGUGAUGUGGGGCACCUGCGUCCUGGCCUGGUGAGCUGGAACCAGCACAGGCUUUAAAAAAAUCCUCCCUGUAGCUGUGUGCAGUCUGGUUUUCCUUUCCCCUCACUCCUGGCU